CCAUUAAAUGUUCCAGAUAAAUAUAAAGAUUUUAUUUGGUUUGUUACACCUAAAGACAUAAUUCGAAAAAUGGUCAUCGAUUAUGAACGAAGUCAAGAACCUUAUUCGAGACCAGAACCAUUUCGUCCGAGAAUGGAUGAUCAAUAA